GCUAGCUGCAUCUUCGUGUACCGUAAUUCGUAUCAUCAUUUAUUAGCACAGUACGUAUCCAGGCCGGACUGACAGCGGACAACUCUCGUGGACUUACCGUCAAACUUAUCGUGAAUGUAUAAUCUUCAAAUGUUGCAAAUGCAAUUUACACCGCCGCCUCAGGCCGCGCCAGCGCCUAACAAAAUGAACGAAAUGGCAGAAAGACCACUAGUUCAGUGUUCACCAGAAUAUCUGGCCCAAUUAAUGAAGGAUAAGACAUCUUAUACAAUGGUUUCGAGUAUGUUUGUCCACGUCGAGAGACUUCUAGAUGAUGAAAUCAACCGAGUACGGAGAUCUCUAUACAGUAUUACAUCCACCAGUCAACCGCUAAUGCUACCCAAAGCUGAGGGUUCCCUCACGCAGAUGUCAGAGAAAUUGUACGUUCCUGUUAAAGCAUACCCAGACUUCAACUUUGUCGGCAGAAUAUUGGGGCCCAGAGGAAUGACCGCCAAACAACUUGAAAAAGACACAGGCUGUAAAAUCAUGGUCAGAGGAAAAGGAUCGAUGAGGGACAAAGUUAAGGAGGAUAUGAACAGGGGAAAGCCAAACUGGGAACACUUAAACGAAGAACUGCACGUACUUAUCACAGUCGACGACACGAAAGAAAGGGCGGAGCUCAAAUUAAAGAAGGCCUGUGAAGAAAUCAAGAAGUUGUUAGUUCCCACGGCUGAAGGAGAGGACGACCUGAAAAAGAGACAAUUAAUAGAAUUAGCACUGAUGAAGGGAACAUACAGAGAUAACACGAAUAAGCUACAAACGAGUACCGGUAUUGCUGCCACGCCACUUACCUCACCCCGAACGAUGCAAUCACCUGCCGGUGCCUUAAUACCCCAGCCAAUGAGAUCGCCCACCCCCGCCGCCCAGGCGCACAUGCUGGCACCGCAGCUCCUUCCCCGCAUGGCCGCCACCACGAUGGUCAACGGACUGGGCGGUAUCCAGGCGUCGCCCACCAUGAUGCACUCCCAUGACGGUUCCAACAUUCUCAUGCCCCUGGACCCCUACCAGCAGUACGCCUUUACACCAGCCAUGCUGGAGUACCCUCCUUCAAUGUCUGACGGUACACUCGCAGGUAUGGCACCCAAGCUACGGAGGACAAUCCGAGAUCAUCCCUACCAGAGGGCAAUGCUUGAUCCAAGAGGUUUUUCAUUAACUUGAUCCUUCCCAGCCGCCGCGGGCAACUAGCGUAGCCUGAACUAACAUGCAUCCUACGCACUCCAAGUACUCUACUUCGUUUUAUCUUCCCGUGCCAUCAAUGACCUUUGACCUCAUCAUCUGACCUGACCUUCAUUGCGUUGUAUCAGUUGCCUUCGUGCUCCUUUACAGUGUUGCAAGCUGCACACUCACACACACUCGCACAAUGGUGAUACUCUUCACGCUGAGUUUGAAUUCAUUAAUUCUUCUUUGUUAAAAAGAAAAGAAAGAAAUUAACAAGGAUGGCAGUCCUACAGUCAUGUGACCUUUAACCUUCUUGCUUUACAUUUAUUCAUGUAGUUUUGAGGCUUGUUUUUAUCGUGCCUGAAAUAAAAGGAACAAACCGCUUCCAUUUAUCAUCACUUCUUCUUAAAAGUCCAAGACAAAUGGCAGAAAACAACCUUCUGUGAUUUUGUUUUAUUUUUAUUUCCACUGUCAAAACAUUCAAAAUUCACUACUGAAAAUAUUUAGAAAUACCCACUAAUGAAUGGUUUGUACUUUUUUACCAUAUAUCCUUUGUUUUUUGUUGUUUUAGUUUCUAAAUAACCCUCUUGAAAAAUGUCAUCCGUAUGCGCCUAAUUUCUAUUGAGAAUAUUCUCUCCUUUACUCAUGUACGUUUUAAUUUCUAGUUAUCUAUCAUUAUAGCUUAACAGCUGUUUACUUGUUGAAACCACCAUUGUUCCCUGUUUAAUUCAGAAUAUUAUUUGGUUGUGGAAAGGCAUUAGUCUCCCACUCAUGGCUGCUAACUUUGUUUGAAAAACAAAAAAAAUGUUUAUCAUUUGCAUAUUGUAGAUUCUUGUUAUGAUUUGUAGUUGAUUAACGGUUGACGUCUUACUCUCGAGCUCGGUCAAACAUGGCACCAUCCCUCUCUCGUCAUGAUGGUUCCGUUGGUCCCUUUCAACUUGUCCAUACACGGUUACGUCUGGAAGACUUUGACAUCUAUCAACCUUUGCUGUAUUUAACCCAUUGCGCGGAUGACUCUUGUAGUUAGCCUAUGUGAAUGAAAGAAUCCAGAAAAGUUUGGUAGUGGAGACACAUUCUGCAACUCUUCUACGACCAAGUUUUAUCUAUUUUUAUAUGCAAGCUCUGAUCUGGCAGGGUACUACAAAAUCUCAUGAAGGUUUUGUUCAUUAAUGCUGCAAUCCAUUAUACUUCCCUCUGCAGAUGUAGAAUGAGUAUGGUGUGGACAUGUGACCUAACGACGAUGAGUUAUGCUGUUUGUUUGACCGAGCUUGUUAGAUUGAAGUACCUUGUAGCUAUACUAGAGUAACUUUCAUUGCCAUUUCAUCAUUUUCCCUGUAUGCUUCCAUUUUUAAUUUCCAUCUAAUUUGUUUCUCAGACAAAGAACAAACCAAUGAUAAGAAAUGUAAUAACCAUGCCAACCAAACUAGUGCUAUGAAUAUCCACUUUUCACAUUGUUGUACAAAUUAAUUUAUUAGCUUUUAUAUCUUUCUUGAUAACUUAGUGAGUAGAAAAUUGUUUUCAUUUUUUUCUCUCAUCACUUCAAUACUAUUGUCAUUGUUGAUGUGAUUGUCUUUUUAACAAGCAACAAAAUGCUCUUUCACAAGCUCCUUUUAUACAUUUAACUCCUAAGCAGUAACCAGGGUGGAUCGGUCAGUUAUUCCUAAUAUUUUUGUUGUCUUAAAAAUUGCACCGUGAUAUAUACUUACCACAAUUAAUGUAGAGUAUGGGUUGAUGUUACCUGUAUGUGUCAAGGCAAGCAGGCUAUGAUGCAACUUCAAAGAGCUGAUCAUGAUUCAUGUAAUCCCCUGUCAUUCUUGAGAUUCCCCUUGACAUUGAAAAGAAAACAACUCCAGAGAGAGAAACCUGUGCAGUGGGACUCUUCUCUCUUCCAAGAAUACCUCAAACAGUCAAGCUCAUCUGAACAUUGGCAGGAAUCCUAAUGUGAGUUUGACAUGAUUAAUCUAUGUUUGUUUAGACAGCAGAGUGACAGUUCAAGGUGUUAUGAUCAGCCUCUCUUUGAAGUUGCAUCAGGAACUCAACGGCAUGACACACAUUGGGAUUAAAUGUGUGAUGACGAUGACUGCUACAGGGUGUGUCAGAAAAGAAAAGGAAGAGAAGAGCAAAGUAAUAUUGAAACAUUAUUUCAAACUAUGGCCAUGUGAUUGUGCAUACCGGUACACAUUUGUGCUUUGCAUUUUUUCAAGAAGCACUGACGAUGUUUUCUUCCUUUUUUUCCUGACAUGCCUUGUAGUAGGAGAGAGGCAGUGCUACUUGAUUGUGCUGACUACUUGCCUCAGCUCGGGCUGAUGGAUCCCACAGUGCCUACCCCUAAACCACUGUCCAAAGAACACCUCUGACCAUUCUGCAUGUACUAAAUCAUCAACCUGCAUGUCAGAGUGGAAAGAAACAGACUCUGCAUUCUAAUACUCUCCUCCCUCUCCAUUUUUCUAACCAGCAAAAUUCAAAGAUUGACUUUGUUCAAUUCCAUAUUAAUUGUAACGGCUUGGUUUUUUGAGACUAGGCACUUGUGGAUCCAGUUUGUCGGUUAAGGCAACCACCCGUGAGCCAGGCAAGUAGUCACAUCCAGCGCUGCAUGGGAGUGUCUUGGAUCGUGUGGGAUGUGUAGACUUGAUGCGUGUGUGUUAUGAUGUGGAGCCACAUGGCAGCGAUGUCGUGAAAGAGUUACCAAGUGCCAAAUUUUAAAAAAAACGUAUCCUGGAAAGACGACAUCAAAAAAGCAACCCUGUUGUCUACAUCCUACGCCCCUCCAGGAGAUUCCUCCAAACACAAAUACCCUUGGCUGCGACGUUCGGAUACCACGACUGGCAUAAAUCUGUGAAACAUAACCAACCAAUCUUAGAAUUAUUGAGGUCGUUCUCGGAUGAUUUGGUCAAUACUUUGUCCCAUUCCUGGCAGAUAAUUCACAGCUGAAGAAGCUAAAAAUGGGGAGAGACCCUAUCCCCCUUGAAAACCAUCAAUCUAGUUUUUCCUGAAGCUUCUUUUGAAGUCUUCUUCAUCAAAAUCUGGAACCAUUUCCAAAAUUGUCCAGUCAGACAUCCCCAAAGAUGAUGAACCUGAGGUGGCCUAGUCUUCCAGUGUCAAAUAAAAACAAAUAUGCAGUCUUCCGCCAAACUCUAAAUGUGUGUGAACUAGGACGGAAGAAAUAUGCAUAUCUAUUGCUAAUCUUGAGAGAAACUUCUUAAAAGAGAUAUAGAGACAAUUGGGUCUCCUCUGGGACCCCUCCGUGUGGAACCAGAAGUGUUAGUAUUGAUUAAGCAGAGUAAAUAGUAAGUAAUUGCAAAGAAAAACGUUCAGAAUAUUUUAGUUUAUUCUAAAGGCAAUGCUGAAGUAUACAAGUGAAGAAUCAGCCGAGGCCUAUUGGUUUGUUUAGAGAGGUCAACACACUGCUCUCAAUGGUAUUUUGAAUGGUGGGAAGUGGUAAGAAAGGAUUAACUGGUGGACGACAAGUUUAUUUACACUGAAAGAGAGGAAGACUAAUCUUGGAUCACGAAAUGAUUUUGUUCAUACCAAGUGUGCCUUGUAAUACACUUAUAUAUUUUUUACAACACAGCAGCCUAUUUCAUUUCAUUUCUUGUCAGCGAGAAAGAAAAACUCAGGGAAACUGGCUAGAGAAUAAUGGCACCCUUAAGCAAGGCUCACGCUAGGUGUCAUCAUUCAUUUAUUUUAUUUACUACUGAAGUGCUAAGAACUGUAGGAGGCUGCUAGAUAUGGAUGCAUAAAUAGUGCGUUAUUGGAUGAUUGACGCUAACAGACAACCGACACAUAAGAUCAAAGUUGUUUAUGUAUCCAAGUGUUGAUUUUUUUUUGGUUUACCCUGUACAAAGUUGUUUUUAUACAAAAUAUGUCAAAAAAAGAUAAUGCAGUACAAAGAGGCUGAAUAAAAAAAAAUGUAGAUAGCUAAGAAUGUUUUGUAGAAUACACCAUGUGAGAAAUGACUUGUACUUAUAUUGUGUUUUUACCAUUGUGUUGCAUUUUGUACUUAAACGAUAAGAUGAUAUAUUAUGAUAUGUGUAUGUAAUUUCUGUACGAUUUACAUUGGUCAGGUUUGCAAGGUGAUGUGAAGAGGGUACCUUUUCAUAACGAGGUGCUCCAAAUACGAUUUUUAUAACCAUAAAUUUGUGGAUGUAGUUUGUGUAGUUUAAAAAUAGAAAAAAAUGAAGACAUAUACAAAUUGCCUAAGGAUUUGUUAAGUGUUUUGCCACACAAAUAUGACAUUUUUUUGCAAUUUUAGUUGCAGUCAAUUCCCUUAAUGAUUUAUCCACAAGUUUGUAUGUGCAUUUCAAAGUGUCACUUCCAGCUAUGGCCUAAACUGAACUUUUUUAAAUCAAUUUUUAUCAUAUAAUUGGACAAUAAGACAAUGCAACAAAAAUUUCCUUUCAUAUUUCUGUUAUUUAUAUAAUAGAAUCGAGGCUGCUUUUGUAGUAAAACGAAAUAAGAGGGUACUUGUUAUGAUAUGAACUCAUCUUGGCUCAAACACAUUGUAGUAUUUAUGUAGACAGGGUUUAUAUGAGAUGCUUAAACGUGUAUAAUAUUAGCAUUUCAUUUCUUGGAAAACAGGGAGUUUGGCUAUUUGGAUAUUUGAGAAUAGCUGUAUUAUCACCAUGCAAAGAGCAUAUUUGGAAAAGAAUUUUAUAAAAUGAACUCAAAAGUUGGGAGCUUGAUUGGGUUGUAAUUAAUUUUGGAUCUUUAUUUCAUCAAUUUAGCAAAGUUUAUUUCAAUUUAAUUCUUUGAAAGUGAAAGAAUUUGCCAAUUUGAGUGCUGAGUGUCUCGCACACUGAUGACACCCUGGUAUGAGAGAGAGGGUUUCGAUGAGGAAAGUCUGCUUUUUAUAUGGAUUAUUAAUUUAGGAUUGAUUAAUGAAUAUUUCUAUUCCAUAGACAGUUAUUAUUCAAUCACAAUGAAAUUUCAGAGGAGAAGCCCCUUUAUUGUCCAAUAUCCAAUGAUUUAAUUUGGUAUCUUUCAUGUUUCAGAAAAUUUAUAUAAUGGACCUUUUGAAAUCCAAAUUUUUAUUGUUAUUUUCCUCAAUAGUCGGACUUCCUUAUAUUCCCCCUUUUUUCUUCACCUUUUAUUAUUCAGAAUGUGUGCUCAACAUUAAUAAUUUUGGCAUAAGACAUUGUACAUACAUUCAACACAGUGUAAGAGAAGGGUGAAUAAAUAUAAAUGUGUAGUGAAUAGUUAUUUUGUGACAUGUUAUGCUUUAGUAUUAUGUUUAGUUAUAAAGAAAGGCUGGAAGAAUCUGUAGGAGAAAAGUCCUGGCCAGUUACUUUUUGUAUGUUUUUUUUUUGUAUUUUUAAAUGUUUAUAUUUUCCAAUGUCGACUUCCAUUCUGUUCUUCCAGUGUUAAAUAAUUAUGUAGACAUUUUAGCACAGAAGUGCCUCAGCUUAUAUUCUUUCGAUAAUGAAUGUUAAGCUUGUUUUUUUCUUGUUGCUUAUAGUAUAUUUCAAAGCAAUAAGAAAGAUAGAUAUUUUAAAUCCCUUGAGUUCACAUUUUCAUUUGCUGAUUUCAAGUUCAGUUUUGCUCAUAUUCCGUAUAGCCGGGUGAGCAUGUAAGUUUAUAAAUGGCAAAGUUUAUGCACUUAAAUUUAGAAAGAAAUGUUCAGGGUAAAAUUAUCACUUAUUUUGAGUAAGAAAAUGCAUUUCUGAUAAGUUAGUUAUAAAUUAUAUUUGGUUACUUUAUGCAAAUAAAAAGUAUGCAAAAUAUUGUGUGAAAAAGAGUAUAUAUGCAAAGUACUUAAAUCAUUUGCUGCUUUUUUGUGUUUUUUCCCUCUUAUAAUUUUGUUAUUAUUAGGUCAUAUUGAUACUGCCCUAUGAAAGUGUUUACUUUAAAAUCACACCACUUAUGCAAAUUUUAUAGUAGGAUUAUUAUUUUUUUGUAAUUACGAGGAUAGUUGUAAAAGAGAUAUUACUUAUUUGAUAAGUUAUGAAUUCAGUUUCUAAUAGGCAAUCAGAUGAAAGGCAUGAUACCAAAUGAGAUGCUUAGGAUGGAAUCACUCACACCAUGUGCCUUUUUUGUAUUUUUCUAAAGACACAUAUUGAACUCCAAAGGACAAGGACUUGAUUCAAGACAUAUGAAAUGAUGAAAUAAUGAUAGACCUGAAUGAACUAAACAGGAUAUGACUAUAUACAGUACAUAUCACUCGCACAACCAAUCGCUUUUAAUCAUUUAAGUUUGUAUCUUAGCCAUGAAAACUUCAAUUGCAAGCGAGUCAUGAAGCCAAACUCUUAUCAUUUUUAAAAAAUUUAUGUUUAAUCGUUGUACGGCUAAUUUUCAGUUACAUGAAAGAUCAGAAACAAAACGGGCAAAAAUUGUCAUCUCCGAUGAAUUCUGAACAAAAAUGAACUUUAGGAUUGAAGAAUGCAGUCCUCAACAUUCAUAAAUCUGGUGUUGUGUGUUGAUAACAUCAACAUAAUUAUGUGCCUUACGCGACAAUGAGUGCCUAUAUGAAUUACACACAUGACAGAACUUUGAUAUCGCAAUGUACUGAGCAUGAUCCAAUGCAUAUAUUGCAUGUAUGUGAAGUGUAACAGAGUAUUAAAGGUAAAGAGAAUUUCUUUCAAAAAUCUCUAGCAAACCAAAGCAGGCACCUUCAAUAAAUCGUAUAAGAUUCAUUUGUAAUAAGGUAGAAUUUUAUGCAGAGGUAAAGAGGGGGGGGGGGGGGGAUGAAUUGUAGAUUGUUGAUUAAUGAGAUAUACGAAUAUGUAUUUUUUUUUUUCUACUUAAAAAAAGCAAAUGUAAAAUGUAUUUCUAAGCAUUGACAAAUUUUGUCUAAUUUUCGUCAAUUGUUUUUUUGAUAUUUGUGUGAGAGCUGAUGUAUCGUAAAUAAACGAUGGAAACAGCGUAAA